AUGUUUUCAACAAGGUCUGUCGGCCGAGUGUGCUCCCUGGGCGUAAGGGCUCGAGCUGUAAGUGGACAGCCCUUUAGCAUCAAUAGCCAUGCUCACGACAUCCAAAAGAUUCCUCAUACUCGUGCUCUGGCCACAGUCCGCGAUGCUCCACUCGAUAAAAAGGUGGAAAUGAGCAAUUGGGAGAAGGGCAACUACAUCAAUUACAAGAAAAUGUCCGAGAACCUUUCGAUAGUCCGUGGCCGCCUGAACCGACCUCUCACAUAUGCAGAAAAAAUCCUAUACUCACAUUUGGACGAUCCGCACGGGCAAGAUAUCGAGCGGGGUGUCUCAUAUCUCAAACUCCGACCAGAUCGUGUGGCCUGUCAAGAUGCAACAGCUCAAAUGGCUAUUUUGCAAUUCAUGUCGGCUGGCAUGCCAUCCGUAGCGACCCCUACGACUGUUCACUGCGAUCAUCUUAUUGAAGCGCAAAUUGGAGGGGACAAGGACCUGGCGAGGGCACAAGAGAUCAACAAGGAAGUCUACGACUUCUUGUCUUCUUCGUGCGCAAAAUAUAAUAUUGGAUUCUGGAGGCCUGGAUCUGGUAUCAUUCAUCAAAUCGUUCUCGAGAAUUAUGCAUUUCCAGGUGGCUUAAUGAUUGGCACUGACUCGCAUACACCCAACGCUGGUGGACUUGGAAUGGCUGCCAUCGGUGUCGGUGGAGCUGAUGCUGUCGAUGUCAUGGCAAAUCUGCCCUGGGAGUUGAAAGCCCCGAAAGUGAUCGGUGUAAAACUUACUGGUGAAUUGUCUGGCUGGACUGCACCUAAAGAUAUCAUCUUAAAGGUUGCCGGUAUCCUUACCGUCAAGGGUGGCACUGGCGCCAUCAUUGAGUACCAUGGUCCUGGUGUUUCCUCCCUUUCCUGCACUGGUAUGGGAACGAUCUGCAACAUGGGAGCCGAAAUCGGUGCAACAACUUCGCUUUUCCCGUACAAUGAUCGUAUGUACGACUAUCUGAAGGCCACGAAGCGUCAAGCGAUUGGAGACUUCGCGCGCGAGUACAACUCUGAGCUUCAUGAAGACGAGGGUGCCGAGUAUGACCAACUUAUUGAGCUCAAUUUGUCUGAGCUUGAGCCUCAUAUCAAUGGUCCCUUCACGCCCGACCUUGCAACACCUAUCUCGCAAUUCAAGGACGCUGUGGAGGCCAACAAGUGGCCAGAGGAACUCAAAGUAGGACUGAUUGGUUCUUGCACCAACUCAUCGUAUGAGGAUAUGUCUCGCGCUGCAUCAAUCGCCACCGAUGCGAUGAACCAUGGUGUGAAGGCCAAGUCUGUCUUCACAGUCACACCAGGAUCAGAGCAAAUCCGGGCCACAAUCGAACGAGACGGCCAACUCAAGACGCUUGAGGAAUUUGGAGGUAUCAUUCUUGCAAAUGCCUGCGGGCCCUGCAUUGGACAAUGGGAUCGUCGAGAUGUGAAGAAAGGAGAGGCCAAUUCAAUCAUUUCCUCCUACAACCGAAACUUUACCGGCCGAAAUGAUGCCAAUCCCGCUACACAUGCCUUCGUUACCUCACCUGAUCUCGUCGUUGCGAUGACACUGGCUGGCACGUUGAAGUUCAAUCCUCUGACAGAUCCUUUGAAGGACAAAGAUGGCAAGGAAUUUAUGCUCUCGGCGCCCACUGGCGAUGGACUUCCUGCUCGUGGAUAUGAUCCUGGCCGUGAUACCUACCAAGCCCCACCGGCAGACCGCAACACGGUUGAAGUAAAAGUGUCCCCUUCCAGCGAUAGAUUGCAAAUACUCGAACCUUUCCAGUCGUGGGAUGGCAAGGAUGCGCUGGAUAUCCCGAUCCUGAUCAAAGCGCAAGGCAAGACGACAACGGAUCAUAUUUCAAUGGCUGGCCCAUGGCUCAAGUACCGUGGGCAUCUGGAUAACAUCUCCAACAACAUGUUGAUCGGUGCCAUUAACGCCGAAAAUGGCGAAGCCAACAAAGUCAGGAACUUUCAGACCGGCGAGGUCGACGCCGUUCCUGCCACCGCCCGAGAAUAUAAGAAGCAUGGUAUCAAGUGGGUUGUCAUUGGUGACUGGAAUUAUGGUGAGGGUAGCUCGCGAGAACAUGCUGCUCUUGAGCCAAGGCAUCUUGGUGGUCUGGCUAUUAUCACCCGAAGUUUCGCCCGCAUUCACGAAACGAAUUUGAAGAAGCAAGGCAUGCUCCCGUUGACCUUCUCAGAUCCCGCCGAUUACGACAAGAUUAACCCAGACGACAAAGUCGAUAUUAUGUGCACUGAGCUAGCAGUUGGCAAGCCACUAACAAUGAGAGUUCAUCCUAAGGACGGUAAGGCCUGGGAAUGCAAGCUCUCGCAUACUUUCAACGAGGGUCAGAUUGAGUGGUUCAAGAAUGGAAGCGCGUUGAAUACCAUGGCUAAGAAGAAUGCUUAG